AUGGAAACACUCAGAGACAUACUGGAGGAGGACAAUCUAGAUCCUAUGGAAAUUAUCAAGGGUUCGAAGGAAUGGGAGGUGGAUUCGGAAGUGGUAACAGUCAGGGAGGCUUCGGAGGCUUCGGAGGACAGCAAGGAGGAUUCGGCGGAAGUUCUCAGGUAUAAAAAUGAACAUCAGUAUGCUAAUCAUUUUAAUCACUUUAUCAGGGUGGGUUCGGAGGUAUGGGCGAAGGAUUCGGUGCACAACAAGGGUUUGGUGAAAACAGCCAGGGAAGAUUUGGUGGCUUCGGAGGACGUGGAGAGAACCAGGGAGGGUUCGGAGGACAGUCAGGAUUUGGUGGAAUGGGAGGAGGGAUGCAAGGAAGAUUCGAAGAGUCUCAAGGGUUUGGUGGAUCUCAAGGAUUCGGAGGAAACUCUCAAAAUGGACUUGGUGGACAAUUCCCAGCUCAACGUCCAACUCAGCAGAAUGAAUGAAUUCGGAAGCAAUCAAGGAUUUGGUGGAAAUGGGCAAGGUGGUUACGGAAAAUCACAAGGAAAUUCUCUGGGAGGAUUCGGGGGAUCUCAAGGAUUCGGAGGGAGUUCUCAACAGCAAGGAUUUGGUGGACAAGAAUCACAAUCUGGAUUCGGAGGAGGUCUGCAGGGAAGAUACGAAGGACAAUCUUCAGAAGGACAACAAAACGGAUUUAAUGAAAUAUGCAAGGAUUUUAAUGAUAAAACUGUGAUUUUAUGCAACAUUUAUAACUUUGAUUGCCUUUUUCCUUUUGGUUUUGUUCAUUCCUAA